GCCAACUCUCCACCUGCCCAACCGAGUCACCAAAAAGGGGUGACACACUAGCCAUACUGGGUACUUCAAUGUGCACAAUAUAAACUAGCUGGGAUCAAAUACAGGAGCACCUCGAGUCUGAGAGAAUGGCUAACACUGCUAAGGGUAAGGUCUGUGUCACUGGGGCGUCUGGUUUCAUCGCCUCCUGGCUCGUCAAGCGGCUUCUUGAGUCUGGGUACCAUGUCCUGGGUACAGUCAGAGACCCAGGGAAUGGCAAGAAAGUAGGGCACCUCUGGGGCCUGGAAGGCGCAAAGGAAAGGCUGCAGCUCGUGAGAGCUGAUCUCUUGGAGGAAGGGAGCUUCGACGACGCUGUGAUGGCUUGCGAGGGCGUCUUCCACACCGCAUCGCCCGUCGUCACCGGAUCUAAUUCCAAGGAGGAGAUGCUUGAUUCAGCAAUAAACGGCACGAUGAACGUGCUACGCUCGUGCAAGAAGAACCCAUCGCUCAAGAGGGUUGUCCUGACAUCCUCGUCGUCGACAGUGAGGAUCAAGGACGAAGCCGACCUGCCCCCUAACGUGCUGCUGGACGAAUCGUCGUGGAGCUCCAUCGAGUUCUGCGAAAGUCUCCAGAUAUGGUACGCCGUCGCAAAGAUCCUCGCCGAGAAGGCAGCCUGGGAGUUCGCCGGAGAGCACAGGAUCGACCUCGUCACCGUUCUUCCGACCUUCGUUGUCGGACCUACUCUGUCUCCUGAGCUCGGCCCCACCGCUUCUGAUGUCCUCGGCCUGUUCCAAGGAGAGACGGGGAAGUUCACGACGUACGGGAGGAUGGGGUACGUCCACAUCGACGACGUGGCGAGGUGCCACAUGCUGGCGUACGAGGCCGCGGGCGCCCGAGGGAGGUACAUCUGCAGCGCGGCGGUGCUGGACUGCGGCGACCUCGCCGCCCUGCUCGCGCGGCGGUUCCCAGCGUACCCCGUCCCGAGGAGCCUGCCCCGCGCCUACGGCGAGCAGUCGUACGGCUUCGACACGUCCAAGGCCCGCGCGCUGGGGCUGGCGGAAUUCAAGGGCGUCGAGGAGAUGUUCGACGACGCCGUCGCCUCGUUCAUAGGCCAUGGCCAUCUCCCCGCCGCCGAGGAACGCCGGCACGCGUAGCCUCUUGGUCUGAAACUACAUGAAUGAACGUAUCAUGUACUAAUUAAAUUAUUUAAUACUUUUAACUAGCAUCUAAUCAUGCCGUUUAGUCUUUAUCAGUGUGUUUUAUUUUUAUAGUUAUAUUAUAUUUAAUACUUUUAACUAGCAUUUAAUUAUCUGAUGUGAUGGACUAAAAUUUAGUCGGUUAGAACCAAACCGACCCUAAAUCUUGUCGUAACCAGUAGAAAGAUUAUCCCAUGGAUCGUACGGGUCUAUUUGGCCUUUGGUGGUCU